UCCAGCAGGCUGAACGCGUCCUCCCCACCAUGCUCUGGAAGGCGCAGGUGGAUUGCGAUCCUCCUGCGGCCGCUGCUGGGAGAGUAUAGCUUCCUAGGACCCGCCUGAGCCUGGGUCAGCCUCCUCCCUCCCCUCUGUAGCCCACACAGGUGCACGUAGUCAACACUUGUUUUCACAGAAAAAUUAAGCAGUGUCUCUUCCGGACACGCGCAGCCUGGUCGUAAAGUUUUGUUUUUGUUGAUCACGCUGCCUUCCGACUCCCCAAGUCCUCGUGACCCUCUUGUGUUCCCUCCCCCUUCAAUCACACAGAAGAGUUAGGAAACGCAGUGGCCUAAGACUCUCCCCUGGCUCCUGGAGAAACGGGACCCCGUCCUGCUCAGCCUGGCCACCUCGCCCUAGCGACAAAACCCAAGUUUUCUGCCUGCAGAGAUGCCAGAAGGGCCGUCUGUGAGGAAGUUUCAUCAUCUUGUCUCCCCCUUUGUGGGCCAGAAGGUGAUCAAGACAGGGGGCAGCAGUAAGAAGCUCUGCCCUGCCACCUUUCAGUCUCUGUGGCUCCAGGACGCUCAGGUGCAUGGAAAAAAAUUAUUCCUUUGGUUUGAUCCAGAUGAGGAAAUGGAGCCACUCAACAGCAGCCCGAAGCCUGUACAAGGAAUGUGGCAGAAAGAGGCUGUGGACCCAGAGCUGGCCGUGGGUCCCAAUGCUCAGGAGCCCUCUGCAGGCCCCACUGGAUCUGGGGAGCCUGUUCCCAGUAGAUCUGAUGGCCCAUGCGAUCUUGGGGGAAAGAAGCCUUUGGUGGGCACCCAGAGGUGGCUGGAAGUCAGGUUUGGCUUGUUUGGCAGUAUCUGGGUGAAUGACUUCUCCAGAGCAAAGAAAGCUAACAGAAGAGGUGACUGGAGAGACCCAGUGCCCAGGCUGGUACUCCAUUUUAGUGGUGGUGGCUUCCUGGCCUUUUAUAAUUGCCGGAUGUCAUGGGGCCCUCCCCCAGUGAUUGAUCCCACCUGUGACAUCUUAUCUGAAAAGUUCCAUCGAGGACAAGCGUUGGAAGCUCUAAGCCAGGCUCAGCCUGUGUGCUACACACUAUUGGACCAGAGAUACUUCUCAGGAUUAGGGAACAUUAUAAAGAAUGAAGCCUUGUACAGAGCAGGGAUCCAUCCUCUCUCUCUCGGUUCCUUCCUGAGUUCUUCUGCUCUGGAGGCCCUCGUGGAUCAUGUGGUGGAAUUCAGUAAAGACUGGCUUCAGGACAAAUUCCAAGGCAAGGAACGGCACACACAGAUCUACCAGAAAGAACAAUGUCCUUCUGGUCACCAGGUCAUGAAGGAGACAUUUGGGCCCCCAGAUGGGCUCCAGAGGCUCACCUGGUGGUGCCCUCAAUGCCAGCCCCAGCUGUCAUCCGAGGGGCCACAGAAUCUACUGUCUUCCUAAAACAUGUGGCCUUUGUCAUGGAACCUGUAGCCUUGGAGAUGCUGUGUGUCCCAAGAGAAGGGUAUGGGCAGAUAGUAUUACAGAUCAGGGUAAGGUCAGGAGGGUCAGUAUUGUUGAUGUUCAUCUCGUUGGAUUAGGCCUCAGCUGCGGCUUUCAUAGCGAUAGACAGAUGCUUUUCUUUUCUAGUUAAUUCUAUAGAAUCCCAUCACGCUGUCAAAAUCCUGACAGUGGGCUGGGAAAACCACCUGGAGCAGCAGCGAGUCUGAAAAGAAAGUGACUUGGGGGCAUGUAGCUUCUGGGGGAGGGAACAGCUGGAGGAGACAGCUGGGGGUCAGGACCAGGGAGGUGGGAGAGGGCGAGGGGGAGAGCCGACUGGGUGAACAGCUAGAGGAUACUAUAUGCCUAGGCUCCAUUGCUAAUGGUGUGCUGUGCUGUGUUUGGGGAACUGGUUGAUUUUGAGUCCCUCUGUUUUCUUUCUUCUUCACCAUGGAGGAAGGGGUCAGGGAUGAGGGCAAAGCUUCAGGAAGGUACUGCUGGUCAGCCUACCUGGUUUCCCCCUUAAGUUGGGCACUUGUUGACUGUUGAUGUUUGAAGAAUUCAUGUGUCUGGGGAUGUAAAGAAACAGCCCUUCAGGUUGUUAGCCACAGCUUUAUGCAACUGAAAAUAAAGUAGCAACUGAAAAUAAAA